ACCCAAUUCUGAACCAGUCAGAGAUUUGCCUAAAUGCCUGGAAAAACACAGCAUGCAUUCAAUGUAAGACGGCUUUGCCAUGCGGACUCUAUCACGGAUAAGAGACAAAUGAGAUUGUCCUAGAAAGUUGGUUUCUGCAUUUCUAAGAAAAUGAUGUCCAAUGGGAACUUAUGUUUCCACUAUAAGACUGUGAUUUGGAUUGAAGCUGCAAGUGAGAACCUAUUUAAUGCAGAAUAAAUCACAUUUCAGGGAAAAAUACAGAUGCAAGCCAUAGCAAAUAUUAUGAAUCCCUUACAUAUGCAUGCAUUUCCUUGUGGUCAUAAAGCCAGGAUGAAAAUUUGCAUGAGAUACAAGGCCAAUGGAGGGACUGGAGCAGACAAAUGCUGUGAUUAAGAUGAAGCAGAAGAUAUGUCAAGAAACACGCUACUGAAAUCUGUUACAAAUCACUUCCAGCAAACAAAAAAAAAAAGACUGAAGAUGGUAAUAUCAGACACUGCAGUGACAUGAAGAGUUACUAAAGAGAGCUCAAGACACAACACUGCAGAAUAACGCCUUGGAAUGUCCUCGCAGUGUAUAAACAAUUGUCCUUGGGAGAGAAUAUUUGUCAGGACCUUUGCAAAGCCUGACAUAUGGAAAUCUGAGAAACUGCAUUUCUCAUCGAGAUCCCCACCAACUGACCAGAGAAAGAUUUAACUGUCCUGAGAAGGCAAAAGUGGAACUUGCAGUUCAAAAAAAAAACCAAAACCCAACAAAAUAAAUCAACACUUACGUAAAGAAGCACAAGAAUUUGCUCUUGGGCAGCAUGGUAUUUGCCAAGAACCUUUUAAUCCUGGCACUAUGUGGCUUGUUACUAGAGUUACCUACUGGAUGUCAUGCAACAGAUACAAGGCAGCCAAGGUUACGUCUGUCACAUAAAGAGCUCUGGGAUUUAAACAGGACAUCAAUCUUUCGUAGCCCAUUUGGAUAUCUUGGUCUUCAUGUAACGCUGCUGGAUGAGUAUCAAGAGCGACUGUUUGUGGGAGGAAGAGACCUUGUGUAUUCCCUCAGCUUAGACCGAGUCAGCGAGAACUACAGAGAGAUACACUGGCCUAGUACACCCCUGCAGGCAGAAGAAUGCAUAAUUAAAGGGAGGGAUGCUAAUGAAUGUGCAAAUUACAUCCGGGUCCUUCACCGUUACAACAGGACACACCUGCUGGCUUGUGGUACAGGGGCUUUUGAUCCCCUCUGCACUUUUAUCAGAGCUGGACAUCAAUCAGAGGAUCAUCUGUUUCAACUGGAAUCGCACAAAUUUGAGAGAGGACGAGGCAGGUGUCCUUUUGACCCCAAUACCUCCUUCACCUCCACCUUAAUUGGGGGUGAUCUGUUUGCCGGUCUCUACAAUGACUAUUGGGGAAGAGAUGCUGCUAUCUUUCGUACUAUGGGUCGUAUGCCUCAUAUUCGAACUGAACCUGAUAAUGAACAUCUCUUGAAAGAACCAAAGUUUGUUGGUUCCUACAUGAUUCCUGACAAUGAAGACCAUGAUGAUAAUAAAGUUUAUUUCUUCUUUACUGAAAAAGCAAUGGAAGCAGAGACUGGCACUCAUGCCAUUUAUACUAGAGUGGGCCGUAUGUGUGCGAAUGAUAUGGGAGGACAGCGAAUGCUGGUGAAUAAAUGGAGCACUUUCCUCAAAACCAGACUGAUCUGCUCUGUGCCAGGAAAGAAUGGAAUUGAUACACAUUUUGAUGAAUUAGAGGAUGUGUUUUUGCUACACACACGGGAUAGCAAAAAUCCAGUGAUAUUUGGACUUUUUAACACAACAAGCAAUAUAUUCAGAGGAUAUGCUAUAUGUGUCUACCAUAUAGCUAGUAUCCGAGCAGCUUUCAAUGGCCCAUAUGCUCAUAAAGAGGGACCUGAAUACCACUGGGCUCUUUACGAAGGAAAAGUACCCUAUCCCAGGCCUGGUUCAUGUGCCAGCAAAGUGAAUGGUGGUCUCUAUAGUACCACCAAAGACUAUCCUGAUGAAGCUGUCCGUUUUGUGAGAAGCCAUCCAUUGAUGUAUCAGCCUGUCCGGCCAGUGCAUAAAAAGCCAAUACUUGUUAAAACAGAUGGGAAGUAUAAUCUCAAACAAAUAGCAGUGGACAGAGUGGAAGCUGAAGACGGGCAAUAUGAUGUCUUGUUUAUUGGCACAGAUAAUGGGAUUGUGUUGAAAGUCAUUACAAUUUACAACCAGGACACAGAAUCAAUGGAAGAAGUGAUUCUUGAAGAACUUCAAGUAUUCAAGGUGCCAGUUCCUAUUAUUUCUAUGGAAAUUUCUUCAAAGAGGCAACAACUCUAUGUUGGAUCCGAGUCUGUCGUGGUGCAAGUGAAGUUCCAUCAGUGUGACAUGUAUGGCACAGCCUGCGCGGACUGCUGCCUAGCUAGGGAUCCAUACUGUGCUUGGGAUGGGAUAUCUUGCUCCCGAUACUACCCCACAGGAAUCCAGGCAAAGAGACGUUUCCGCAGACAAGAUGUUCGACAUGGAAAUGCAGCUCAGCAGUGUUUUGGCCAGCAAUUCAUUGGAGAAGCUCUGGAGAAGACUGAAGAGCGACUGGUCUAUGGAAUAGAGUAUAAUAGCACACUUCUGGAAUGUACCCCUAGGACAUUACAAGCAAAGGUGAUCUGGUUUGUACAGCGAGCCCAUGACUCCAGAAAAGAAGAGGUAAAGACAGAUGACAGAAUAGUCAAAAUGGACCUUGGCCUCUUGUUUCUAAAACUGUAUAGGAUGGAUGCGGGAACAUAUUUCUGUCAGACAGUGGAACACAGCAUUGUUCAUACGAUCAGAAAAAUCACCCUCGAGGUGGUGGAGGAAGAACGUGUAGAUGAGAUGUUCAACAAAGACUAUGAGGAGGAUGUCACUCAUAAAAUGCCAUGCCCAGUGCACAGCAGCAUCCCUCAAGCAUCAAAGCCGUGGUACAAAGAGUUUCUGCAGCUAAUAGGCUACAGCAACUUCCAGAGGGUUGAGGAGUAUUGUGAAAAGGUGUGGUGCACGGAUAAGAAGAGAAAAAAGCUAAAAAUGUCCCCAUCCAAGUGGAAGUAUGCCAACCCCCAGGAGAAGAAAACACGCAGGUCAGACCAUUACCGCCUCCCCAGGAACACUGCUGACUCUUGAUGGACAAAAUCUAUUCACUGUUUGUUGGAGAAUUUUUAUUUGGACCUAAGGGAUAAGGGGAAAUAAAUCUUGGUUUUGGGUAACUGAAACAGGUUUAUAUAUAAAAGAAAUAAUAGGACUGAAAACAGAAGAGUAUUAUGGUAAGUUACAGCUUACAUUCAUGAUGACUGUUCAGAAGCAUUUAAAAAAAAUCUGCUUAAGUAGCUGUUUCUAAAUAGGUCAUUGCAUACAGAGUUUUCCUUUUAAGGACAACUUCAUAUUUUUGAGUGCUUUAAUGAGUUUCCCAUACAGACUAUGUUUAUGCUGUAUAUUGUUGCAUAUUAUGGGGAUAUUGAAAUCAACUCAAAUAGCUGCACA